CCAAAGCUGGUGAAGCACGGUGCGUCACGUAAGUCGGGUGACGUCGUAGCGGAUGUGGCCACGUCGUGACGCAGAGGCAGGCUAUGGCGGCCUUAGCUUCCUGGUAACGGCACUGGGCAGCGGCGGCAUUGGUGGUCGCCGCUGCGCGCCCAGCUUGGCAGAAGCACCGGAAUGGCGGACUUUGAUGAGAUUUACGAAGAGGAGGAAGAGGACGAGGAGCGGGCGCUGGAAGAGCAGCUCCUGAAAUACGCGCCGGACCCGGUGGUAGUGCGGGGAUGUGGGCAUGUCACAGUAUUUGGCCUUAGCAACAAAUUUGAAGCAGAGUUCCCAUCAUCUUUAACUGGCAAAGUAGCUCCAGAGGAAUUUAAAUCCAGCAUUAACAGAGUCAACAGUUGUCUUAAGAAAAACCUUCCAAUUAAUGUCCGCUGGCUGCUGUGUGGGUGUCUGUGUUGCUGCUGUACACUGGGAUGCAGCAUGUGGCCAGUUGUGUGUCUCAGUAAAAGAACACGAAGAUCGAUUGAGAAGUUAUUGGAAUGGGAAAACAAUAGGUUAUACCACAAGCUGUGCUUGCACUGGAGACUGAGCAAAAGGAAAUGUGAAACCAAUAACAUGAUGGAAUAUUAAAGGUGUCAAGAGCUUAAUCACCCGAGCGGAAGGAUUUUCUCCGGUUCACAGAUGCAUAGACUCUUGUGUAAGGCUGAUUUAUAAAGUUAUGGAGAGCUCGGAGACAAGUGUUGACUGUGCUGUGAAUAAAAAAAAUAAUAAAUUAAUUGCUGAAAUAAAAUAGCCCAGGCGGGCAUUGAUGGGGUGUGAAAUUUGCAAUUGUGUAUCAAAGAUAAGCACAUCUGAGUGCAUGGCAAGUCUGAAUCUUAAUUAGCAUUGUACUUAAUAGCCAUAUUCAACUUCACUUUUAUUGUAUAAUUCAUAGAUAACCUGCAUUUGUUUGAGAUUGGUAAAUUAAAUACUGUGCAGUCUUCUGUCUUUAUGGUCUGGCUUGGAUACUAUUUUAUAAAUCUGUUAAUAUAAUGUAAUUUUUUUAUGUGGUUUUUUUUUUGUUUUAACUAGUUGAAGCUCAGAUUAGAUAGAAAAUCUGAAUAUCAAUUUAGAGAUUUUGCUCAUAAAUUACAGUUCAGAACUGGGUAACAUGGGCACUUUUCCAGCUUCAGAAUAACUCCUUUCUAAUUGGCGCAGCAUUUAAACUUCACCUGGAAAAGUGCUACGCUUAAAUCUUAUGGCUUCUAACGAGUGCUUAACACUUGGCGUGUAACAGAGUAUUCUCAAAUAUAAUUUAUUGGGAAAAGCCUCCCCCCAAACCCCCCCCCCUUUCCCCCCUCUAGAAACCGGUCAUAAACGCUGCAAUUAAAGCAAAAAUCCUUGAACUAUAAGUGCAUGUGUGACCUAUGCUUUAUUUUAAGUGAGGUCAGUGAGAUGUGCCCAUGUGACACCAUGCUAAUAAUAAUAAAAAAACAAAAACAUACUUUUUAUUCUCUUUUUUUUUUACUGGACCAGAUAUUGUAUUCAUUUAAUAUUCUAUGCA